CUGCACGACUAGUGUAACUUACAUCCUUCCAUUCGCCACCAGAUUAACUGAAAUCAUGUCUAGCAAAAUUGUAGAUUAUGACAGGAAAGCUUUACUGGGCGAGGGCAUAGCUGCCCAGGUAUUUUUAGGCACUUUUGCUGGCAACCAAAUUGCCGUAAAAAAGAUACAAAAAAGAAUGGAACAAAAUCAGAACAAAGAUGUUAAAAGCCGCGAAGAUACAUCCAUGAAACAAUUCGAUCAUCCCAAUGUUCUCAAAUUAAUUGAGAUACAAGAAGAUGUAGAUUUUAAGUAUUUAAUAUUGGAACUAUGUUUGGGAACACUUCGCGAUUACAUAAGAGAAAGGUACACCGGCACGAUGCCUUCCGAACUCGACGGGAUGAUUCAAAUGGCUAGCGGAUUGCAAUAUAUUCACGACCAGAAAUUUGUCCAUCGAGAUAUCAAACCAGAAAAUGUAUUGAUUUCUAAAUCCCACGUUCUGAAAAUAUCGGAUUUCGGAUUCUGCCGCCCAGUUACAGGAUCCGGAAGUUUCUCUAUGUCCAGCGGACCCAAAGGCACCAAAAUCUAUAACUCCCCCGAAUACCUUCGUAUAGAAGAGAAACCCGAAGAGGAAAGAGGGCAAAUUCGAGCUAAUGUGUCGAUAGACAUCUUUUCUUUAGGCUGUGUCUUUUUUAGUUACAUUACAAAAGGCGGUCAUCCUUUCGCUACGGGAAAGAAUCCCGUUGAAUUUGAAACCGUCGCCAACAUUUACAAAGGCGAAAAGUUCAUCCGCAACGUUAAUUCUGAUCUAUCGAAGGAUUACGACUAUGCAUUGCCGAUGAUUGACGGCAUGACUGAGUUUAGUGCAAACAACCGUUGGAGUCUGCAAAAAGUUUUGGAAAUUCUAAAGAAUCAGAACUUGAAGUCUCCAGAAAAAUGAAAAGCAAAUUGGUUUCAUUUAACAGAUUAAGAUGCAUGUUAAAAACGAAAUACAAAGCAGCUCGACUACGUCGCUUAACCGAUAAGGAAAACAAAUAAACUAUUGCAUCAAAAAGUUGUUGCAAUAUUAAACAGA